UUCCCUCGUAGCCCUGACAGGGGAACACAGCUCCCUCCACCCCUCCCUCUCCUCCCCCUGAACCUCUGAGCCUCAGGGUGAGAUGUCAGUCCCCGCUCAGCUGCUGUGAGUGAGAUGUUCUCCAUGUUGACGGGUCGCUUUUCAGAGGAGACGUCGUUCACUGUCCUUUUUUCACUCUCCUGCUGUUCAGAAUUUAUAACCUUCAUUUUUAUUAGAAACUUUGCGUCGGGAAACUCCCUUUGACACGUCUGAUGGCACGGUGGAUCAUACUUUUGUUUUCUUUAUACGGAGUUCUGCACGGACAAGAAAUUCAGCCUCCUACACUCCAAGAGUGCUGUCAGGAUGGGAGGGAUAGGGCCCACGGAGGACAAGACUGUACAAUUCUCCCUCUCAUCUCCUCUUUCCAGACCUGCAGGAUCACCCAGGAGCAGUGCUGUACAGCAGCAGUAGCAGACCGACUCUGUGACAAUGGCAUUACGAUGGCCAGAGGACAAGGGGCUUGUGAGAGGCCCUUCUUCCAAGGAGACCCUUGGGAAACCAAAAUAUCUAAGGCGUGCUGUGACUGCUGUUCGCUUGGUCUGAUGCUAGCCAGCCGUGGCUCGAGCUGCGAGCUUCAGAAUUUGUUGCUGGGGAGACAGUGUGCACACACGGCUAGAAUUUGCUGUGGCAAGAACACAACAGAGGAAACCAAACCAAAAGCUGAAGUACCAACAACAAAGAAGCCUGAGGCGAACGUUACUGCCAAGCCCACAGAGGAAUCCCGUACCUGUAAAGACUCCAACUGCUCCCAGUUGUGUGUAGGUAACGGUACAUGUGCUUGUCAUGAUGGGUAUCAACUGCAAAAGGAUGGAGUGAAGUGUGAGGAUGUUAAUGAGUGUCUGACAGCGAGUCACAACUGUGUGUACGGCCAAGUUUGCAUCAACACAGAGGGCUCCUUUCGCUGUCAGAGGGAGACUGGUUGUGGCACUGGGUAUGAGCUCACUGACAACAACCACUGUCAAGACAUAGAUGAGUGUGCUUUGGGGACCCAUAACUGUGGGGUAGACUUCCUUUGCACCAACACAGCGGGCUCGUUCCGCUGCCGCCCGAAAGAGAGGUGUGGAGGUGGUUUCAUCCAGGAUGCUGCCGGCAGCUGUAUCGAUAUAAAUGAGUGUGUGGCUCACACCAACCCAUGCCUGCCAGGCCAGACUUGUGUCAACACAGUGGGCUCCUAUACUUGUCGCAGGAACUCAGUGGCCUGUGGAAGAGGCUAUCAUCAGACUGUGGAUGGCACACGUUGUGAAGAUGUAGAUGAGUGCCGUACAGGAAACGUGUGUGUUGGCCACGGUUGUGUAAACCUGCUGGGCUCGUUCCGCUGUGAAUGCAAAAUUGGUUUCACUUUCAACAGCCUUACCAAAACGUGUGAAGAUAUCAAUGAGUGCAGGCACUAUCCUGGGCGGCUCUGCGCCCACAAAUGUGACAACACUGAGGGGUCCUACAUAUGCAGCUGCACCACUGGCUUCAGACUGUCCCAUGAUGGCAGAAACUGUGAAGAUGUCAACGAGUGUGACGCAAACCCUUGCAGCCAGGAAUGUGCCAACGUCUACGGCUCCUACCAGUGCUACUGUCGACGUGGUUACCAGCUGAGUGACUUCGAUGGUAUAACGUGUGAAGAUAUUGAUGAGUGUGCUCUGCCGACUGGAGGUCAUGUGUGCUCGUUCCGCUGUGCGAAUGCUCCAGGAAGUUUUUAUUGUACCUGCCCUCCAACGGGAUACACUCUAGCCUCCAAUGGACGCACAUGCCAAGACAUUGAUGAAUGUGCAGCUGGGAGCCAUACCUGUUCUGUCUCUGAAACCUGCUUCAACAUCCAGGGAGGUUUUCGCUGUCUGUCCUAUACAUGCCCUGCAAACUUCCGGCAAGCAUCAAGGGGACAAGAUGCUUCUGUCAGUGUGCGUUGUAUUAAGGCCUGCCAGCUCAACGACAUCGGCUGCAACCUAGACCCCAUCCACCUCAUCACCCACACCAGCCUGUCACUGCCAACCUUCAGAGACUUCACUGAGCCAGAGGAAAUAGUUUUCCUGCGGACAGUUGCAGUGGCUAACCCUGCUCCUCUACCCGAUGCCACUGAUGUUUUCUUCGAUAUCCUGGCUGCAGAUCCUCAGUUCUCUUUCGAUGUGCAGAAGAGCUCCCACCAAGGCAUGAUCAUGGGUGUGGUUCGGCAGGUAAAACCUAUCGUUGGCCCCAGGAACCUUGUAAUGGAGGUGGCCAUGAACUAUGUCAAGUCAGGAGUCAUAUCCCAUCGCAAUGUCGUCAUCAUCAACGUCUUCAUUUCUGAGUUUUGGUUCUGAGCUGAGCUAAGAGGUGAAUACAAAACAACAUCAACAAUACAACAAGUAAUAUAUGGAGGAGGCUCCACACCUACAUUUCUACAAUUUUACAAUUCUACAAUUUCAUUUAGCGGACGCUUUUGUCCUAGGCGACGUACAACACAAGCAAGAAUUUAGACUGGACGGCAAAACCUUAGUAAGUGCGACAAAGUGCCUCAAGUUGAUUGGCCACAGGUUCUGCCGUCUAGUGCCACCUCUGUUGCAAAACACUGUAAAACACCUCAAAAGCAAUGCUGUGUCAUGCAAGAUAGAUUACUAUAUAAUAAAUCACUGGAUUGUGUCGAUUUUCUACUGUUAGAUGUACCGAAAUGUUUGAGGAGGGCGCGUUGCAACUUGUUCAUGCUUUAGGUUCUGACAGCUCUUGCUAUUUCACUGCAGUAUUGACCAAUAGAGCAAAACAUGCAAUCAAAACAUACCGGGCUAAUUGCCUAUUGCUUUGAUUAGCUUGCAAGCAGAUCUUUGGGGCUUUUACAAGGCAAGGCAACUUUAUUGGUAUAGCGCAUUUCAUACACGAGGGCAACUCAAUGUGCUUUACAUUAAAACAUUAAAAGCAUUGGAAACAUUCAGACAAGCAUAAAAGAGCACAAUUAAAAUGACAGAUACAAUAAAGCAGAAAAGAAAAGGAUUAUUAGAAAUAUUUAUUGGAAGUAAAUUUAAAAUGUGCAUUUAAAGUGAGUUAAGAUAAGCUAAGAUAGGAAGGCAGUGUCAAAUGAAAAAGUCAUAAGUCUUAACCCUUACAGAGGGUUUUGCUUUUUGCUAAGGCUUGUAUGCUAAAAAGAUUGGAAUAACUUACAUGCAACUGUUAAGCUAGUAUGUUGUCCACUAAGAGAUGCAGUAUAAAGACAUGUUCAUCCAGUUAACAUCUUAGUUUACCAUGUUAGUAAGUUUGCUAAUUGCUGGUUAAUGCUAACUUCAUAUGUGGCUAAGGAGAAUGUUGUAUCUGAUCAUAGACUGUAUAAAAUAUGGACGUAGUAUCCGUGACGUCACCAAUCUGUUUCUGAAGAGCUGUUUUGAGGCCAAUCGUUGAAAGCAGUCAUAUUGCUGCUGUCGAGCAAUUGUGACGUAAGGAGGCGGGCUUUGAGCCUCCGAGCCAACAGCUACAGUGUUCCCGCCUGUCAGUCAAGUCAGCUGUGCCUCUCAUUGGAAGACUCGUAAUCUCAAUAUCUUUGAAAUUACAGCAUUUGAAAAAAAUUCACCCCUCGUACAGUGUGUGCCAAUCGAGAAAUGAGCUAUCCAGACUACACACGUUUUUUGUACCAGGCUGUAACGUGUUUAUUUCUGCUGUAAAGAUCGGCUUUUUUUAAUUGGUGUGUAUGUGGUUUCUGGUACUUCUGGAGCCAGCCUCAAGCGGAUCCUGGAUGAACUGCAGUUUUUAACACUUCUGCAUUGGACUCAUUUUUUUAGACCGGAGGUUGCCGCUUGUAUCUGAUCCAAAAAAUAGUUUUCAUAACACAAAAAAUUCUCUUUUGUCACUUUAUAAGAGCUGAAAAAAAUCAAGUAUUAUAAAAACAAAGUGGUUUUAUACCCUUAACCACUGUCUACUGUAUUAACUUUGAAUAAUGUUUGUUAUAACGAGUGCCAUAUUUCAUUUUUACCAUUGGUUGACUUGUUGAACUUUUUGAUACUUGCUCCUUUACAUUGAUUUUGACAGACCAGCUGUAAUAUGCUUCAUUUGAUAAUAAAAUACUACAUGUAUUGA